UUCUUCAACUCGAACAUUAAGCACACUCUCGUCAAGUCGUCCCCUCGGUCCAGACGUGGAAAAGCUACUAUCCUCCUCAAAAGCUAUUGUAUCCCCCGAGAGUGAGUGACGUUACCCCUUCGUGCUUGAACAAGCGAGGUUGAUUUCACCCUUGACUCAGGUCGAGUUAUUGGAGCACCAAUAUGGUGAUCAUUACCGAGAAAGAGGCCUUGACCAAGCCCAUCAACUUCAUCCUGAAGAAAACCCGGAACCCCUGCGAUGCCAAGGCCGCCUCUAAUGCCCAUCCUGGUUCGCCCUCAUCGGGCGAAGGAAAAGAGGCCGCAAUUGAUGUUGAAAUACAAGAUGGAGGGAUGAACCGUCUGGAGGCAGCAGGAGGAUCCGAACCCGAGCGAGGCACUUGGGGAUCGAACCUGGACUUUGCCAUGUCUUGCAUUGCUUAUGCGGUGGGAUUGGGAAAUGUCUGGAGAUUUCCCUAUUUAUGCUUCAAGAAUGGCGGGGGUGCGUUCCUCAUCCCUUACUUUAUUGCCAUGCUCACUUGUGGUAUUCCCUUGUUUCUGCUGGAGGUAUCGGUAGGACAGUAUUUGGGAGUGGGUGGAAUGAGCGUGGUGGGACAACUCUGUCCCAUCUUCAAAGGUGUUGGAUAUGCAGCUUUGAUGAUGGUGUUCCUUGAGAACGUUUACUACAUUGUCAUCGUGGCUUGGACUCUGUUUUACAUCCUGAACACCAUGUAUUCACUGGGAUCCGGAUUACCUUGGAGCAGUUGUGGAAAAGGAAAUUACUCUUGGAUGGACGGAUCCUGGGCCCAAGACAAUUGCUUUAAUCCGGAAGGAGAUGUUCCCUAUAACCAAUCUGAGCCCUUCCUGCUUCACGGUUACUCUGAGAAGGAUACUCAAACACCAGUUGAAGCUUAUUGGAACAACUAUGUGCUCCAAAUCAGUGGUGGUAUUGAUGAAGUGGGAAGCAUUCGUUGGGAACUGGCGGGUUACCUCCUUCUGGCUUGGCUUGGAGCUUACCUCGUGGUUUGGAAAGGGCUUCAUGGUUCGGGAAAGAUCCUGUGGUUCUCUGCCAUGUUUCCUUAUGCCAUUCUCACCAUCCUGGCCAUCAAGGCUUUGACCUUGGAAGGAGCCGUCGAUGGUAUUAAUUAUCUGUUCACCCCCGACUGGAACCGAUUAACUAUGAGCGAAUGCUGGAUCGACGGAGGGACUCAGAUCUUCUACUCGUACGGAGUUGGCAUUGGUGCGUUGUUAGCCCUGGGCUCCUACAACAAAUUCAAUCACAACUGCUACCGGGAUACAUUCGUGGUCUGCUCCAUCAACACGUUUACGUCGUUUUACGCCGCGGUCAUCAUCUUCUCCAUUUUGGGAUUUAUGGCUCACGAGAAAGGUGUUGAGAUUGCUGAUGUCGUUAAAAGUGGUCCUGGUUUGGCUUUUCUGGUUUUCCCUGAGGUCGUGCUCCAAUUGACACCUUCGGCAUUCUGGUCGCUGCUAUUCUUUAUGAUGCUCUUGGCUUUGGGAUUUGACUCUCAAUUCUGCAUCUUGGAGUCUUUGAUUGUGGGUUUGGUUGAUAACUGGCCGGAUUAUCUUCGCCCAAGACGACUCAAGUUCACCACAGUUAUGGUGCUCUUCAUGUUUGUUCUCGGUCUUCCCAUGAUCACGAACGGCGGUGUCUAUGUAUUCCAAUUGAUGGAUUUCUACGCCGCCAGUGGGAUGUCCCUGCUUUGGGCCACUUUCUUCCAGACGUUUGCUAUCUGUUACUGCUUUGGAGCUAAGAAACUGUACACAUGCAUUGAACACAUGACUGGGCAAAAGAUCAGUUGGUAUUUCUACUUGUGUUGGAUGGUGAUCUCACCCGCGUUCAUGAUGUUUAUCUUCAUCUUCUACUUUGCGAAGUACACCCCCAUCAAAUACGCAAACACCUACGAAUAUCCCAAAUGGGGUGAGGUCUUGGGCUUCAUCAUCUCGUCCUCGUCGAUGAUCUGGGUCCCAGGAUAUGCUGUCUACUACUUGUGGAUUACUCCGGGAACGUGGAACGAACGCCUAAGGAAAGGGAUCACUCCGGUGAUUAAACCUCGAUCGGAUGCUAUUUCGGCCAUCCAUCAUGGGAAGCUUUUCCCAGAUGACGAUGACGCUGAAGUCGAGCUGAAACUCGUGUCUUCGGAGGAAGACAAGUCCAACAAUGCAGUUUAACCAGGUCGAGAAGGUCAAAACGAGGACAUUACUCAAAAGUAGCGUUGAAGGAAGCGAGUCAUUUACACUGGGUGGCAUUUUAGACUCGCAAUGAAGAAUCGUGUGAAUGGCGUAACGAACUGUGUCCCCGUGAUCAAUAGUUAGAAGCAUGCCUUUUCUCAAUUAAUACUAUUAUCAUCAUCAUCAUCAUUAUGAUAGUCUUGAUAUCAGAAUAUCAGAAUCGUUUUCGAGCCGACCAUACGCAACAAGACGAGGCUGUACUUUGAAUGCUUAACUAGCAAAGCUCCAAAACUAUGAGCCUAGCUCAGUCUAGAUAUACAUCCCGAUUUACUUUAGCACGUAUUUACAUAUUGGUUACCCCCGCCAUCCAUGAUCAAACGAGAGCCAAUUUUGAGAAUGAGAAUCUCAAGAGCCUCUCUCUCUCCGCUUAGCACAAAAAGUUCCUCUCCUCUUUCUCCGUGUGCGUUAAAUAGUCACUUUACAUUACCCUCCCCCCAAAGCUCCGUAGUUGAUGAGUCUCUUUGAGAUGUCUUGUUCCUAGCUCUCACGGAAAGCUUCAUGACUUCACCUUUCAAAGCUGAACAUUCCAAAAUCGAAAACCUACCCUAUCUUCCUCGGAAUUAAACAUACUGAUCUGAAUAAGGACUCCUAAUAAUCGAAUACGACUCUGUAAUGAAUGAUCCAUUCCCAUUGUUCCCUUGUGGAGGUGCUCAUCUAAAGGAUGAGUACAUAUGUCGGUGUAUACAGUAUAUAUACAUAUAUAUUCAAUAAUAUAAAGUAUUACUUUUAUGCACAUCUUUUGCAAUAAAAAGUGUACAAUUCG